AUGUCUCAGGAAUCUAAGACUUACCGACUGCUGCUGUUCCUUUUUCUGAGCCAUGGAGCAGCAAGUCACAGAGCCUCAGAGUCCCGGCAGGAUUUGCAUCCAUUGCUGCAAAAAGUGGCGGAAGAAAUAAUCGAUGGAAGCUACCUGAAUGCACUGCUGGAUCUCAUACAGUUUCAAAGCUCCCACGUGUGGACGGCAGACCUGUCUCACAGAGUCCUGGAUUAUCUGAAUUCGCGGAAUGUUGCCUUCACCAUCCCCAGCCUGCAGGCAGCCAUGGAAAACCACCUGGAGCAGCGUCUAUACCAGCCCCAGAAGCUUCUGGAGGACCUGAGGGGAACAGAUGCUCUGCAGUUCCACACGGCCAUGCGAUGUCUCUUAGAGGACAAGAAGGACCGCUUGGAGCUGGACGACGUCGUUAUUGACUUGGGAGAGAUUCGGAAGCAAGCCUUACAGAGCCCGGGCGUGAAUCGCAGCCUGUUUCUCAUCACGCUGGAGAGGUGUUUCCAGGUGCUGAAUCCCCUGGAGUGUGUGGAGAUCCUUGGCAGGGUGCUGAGAGGGUCCUCAGGCCACUUUCUGCAGCCAGACCUCACAGAGAAGCUCCCCCGGGACCUGCGUGAAGAUGCCUUCAAGAACCUAUCCGCGGUGUUCAGAGAGCUCUACGACCAGACCUCGGCCCAAUCCCAGAGGGCGCUCUACUCCUGGAUGACAGGGAUUUUGCAGACGUCCUCCAAUGUCACUGAUGACUCUGUUUCCUGGGUCAGUGCAGAAAGCUUAUGGAUUUUGGGCAGAUAUAUGGUUCACCUACCACUGGAAGAAAUUACAAACAUUAGUCCUAUAGAAGUCGGGUUGUUCAUCAGCUAUGACAACGCCACCAAGCAGCUGGACACGGUUUAUGACAUUACGCCCGCAUUGGCCCAGGCGUUUCUGGAGAGGAUCCGCGCCUCCAGUUUUGACACGAGAAAUACGUCCACCAUCCACAGGCUGGGGCUGCUGGUUUGUUUCUAUGAUGACCUGGAGUUGCUGGAUGCUGCCGUGGCCCAAGUCCUCCUUCACCAGAUGAUCAAGUGCAGCCGCCUGAGGGGCUUCCAGGCUGGGGUUCAGAAGCUCAAAGCUGACCUUCUGGAAAUUGCCAUGGAAAACCAGACCCUCAACGAGACUCUGGGCUCUUUGUCGGAUGCAGUUGUGGGCUUGACCCACAGUCAGCUGGAAUCCCUCUCCCCUGAGGCUGUGCACGGCGCCAUCUCAACCCUCAACCAGGUCUCAGGCUGGGCCAAGAGCCAAAUCAUCCUAUUGUCUGCCAAAUACCUGGCCCACGAGAAGGUGCUGUCCUUCUACAAUGCCAGCCAGAUGGGAGUGUUGCUGGCCGGGGUCAGCACCCAGGCCCUCCACGCCAUGGACCGCAGGGACCUCUCGCAGGUCCUGAGAAGCACCAUCGCCCUGCACAUGUCUGACUUGUCGCCUGCCCAGCAGCACGGUGUCCUGAGCAAGGUGAUGGAAGCAGGAGGUACAGAUUCCAGCAUUGCGGACAUACAAGGGGCUUUCUUUAAGGAAGUGUCUCUCUUCGAUUUACGGAGGGAACCUGGAUUCAAUGCCUCGGUCCUGAAGGAGAAGGAGCUUCGGCGGAGUCAGGCUUUGUUCCUGUUGGAGCUUCUGUCCAAGACGACCGGGAGGCCAGAGGAGCUCCUGAGUGCAGGGCAGCUGAUCAAAGGUGUCAUGUGUUCCCACGUGGAUGCCAUGAGCGCAGACUCCUUUCUGGCUCAUUUCCAAUAUUUUGAGAAAAACUUCGCUUUGCUGUCACCAUAUCAGAUCAAUUGUUUGGCGUGGAAAUACUGGGAAGUUUCCAGGUCCUUGAUGCCGCCCUUCCUGUUGGCUGCACUCCCGGCUCGCUACCUGGCUUCUGUCCCAGCCUCCCAGUGUGUGCCCUUUCUGAUCAGCCUGGGGAAGCAUCAGUUGGACUCCUUGGUAUUAGAUUCCCACAAAAGGAAUUCGGUCCUCAGGAAAGUGCGGCAGUGCCUGAACGACUCUGUUGCUGAUGAGUACACCGUGGACAUCCUGGGAAACUUGCUCUGCCACCUGCCAGCAGCCGUCAUCCACCAUGGCAUGUCCCCCAGGGCCUGGGCCACCGCCCUGUACAGCCUCAGAGACUGCCCAGACCUCAGCCCCCAGCAGAAGGCAGCAGUGAAACUCAGGCUCCUGGAACAGCAUGGACACCCCCAGAACUGGACAGCGGAGACGACGAGGGAUUUGGGAUCCUUCCUGGUGCUUUUCUCAGGAGAUGAAUUAAGCUCUGUAGCUGCAAAGUUUCCUCAUAUCCUUCAACAAACAGCUUCCAAGAUGGCUGGGAUCUUGCUCCCCCAAGAAUUCCUCUGGGCUGUCUUUGAAUCUGUCCGGAACAGCAGCCAGGAGAGCCCCAGCUCUGGCCCCAGCUCUGGCCCAAGCCCUGGCUCCCAUUCUUCUGGUUGCCAUGGAGUCGUGGCUCCCUCUUCUGAGAACAUCAUCCGGCUGGCAGAGGCCAACACCUGCUGGGCCCCCGAGGGCCUGCUCUGCCUUGAGGAGGCCACCUUCUGCAGGACUGUGGAGCUGCUGGGGGCCGUCAGGGGCUUCAGCCUGGCUCAGCUGAGGACCCUCAAGGAGAAGGCAGUCCAGGUUUGGGACACGCCCUCGUACUGGAGAGAGCAUCAGAUUGUCUCCCUGGGGCGCAUCGCUCUGGCUCUUAACGAGAGCGAACUGGAGCAGCUCGAUCUCAGCUCCAUCGACACUGUGGCGUCCCUCAGCCAGCAGACAGAAUGGACCCCAGCGCAGGCUAAAUCCAUUCUGCAAGGGUUCCUGGAAGAUUCAGGCUAUAGUAUCCAGGAUCUGAAGAGCUUCCACUUGGUAGGACUUGGUGCAACCCUGUGUGCCAUGAACGUCACCGAAAUCUCACUUAUAAAGAUCUCAGAAUUCAGGGUGGUGGUGGCCAGAAUCGGAACCCUGCUCUGCAGUACCCACGUCUUGGCAGAGUUUAAGAGGAAGGCAGAAGUUGUGUUCGGGGAGCCCACCAAAUGGUCCAGCUCUGUCUUGCAGGAGCUUGGGACCAUUGCAGCUGGAUUAACGAAGGAAGAGCUCCGAAUGCUUGACAAGGAGUUGAUGCCACAUUUCCAGCCGUCAGCCAUCACGUGCCUUCCUGAUGAGAUAUUCAAAGAGCUGUCCGUGGAGCAGAUCGCCUCCCUGGGCCCAGAGAACGCCGCGGCCGUAACCCCGGCUCAGCGCCGGCAGCUCAGUAUGUUGCAGCUGCAUAGCCUCCAGCGGGCGCUAGAUGGCGCCAAGACCCGCUCCUGGCUGGACGCUCCUCUGAGCGCCAGCCCCACCCGGACCUCCUCUUCUCCUUCUCCUCCAGGAGCCGGGGUCUCCUGGGAUCUUGGGCUGGGCUGCCCCCUACUGGUCCUGAUACCCAAGCUCCUGUGGUGAGUCGAGUUUGCACAUCGCCCUGAGGCCAGGGCAGCUGGCUGGGGUGCGUGGAGACCGAGGGAGCUGCGAAUGGUGGGAGUCCCCUACCGUGACUCAGAGCCUCAACAGGGGCAGGGAGCCCCGGGGGCCUUGGAAUUGAAGAGGCACCAAAAGGAAGACAAUAAUCCUUACACAUGAUCU